AUGUGGGGAAGUACCCAGAUCAGCAAAGACGCCGGCCGGGAAUCACUCCGAGGCACGAGGGCUGGAAGAUCAGGCGACGUGGGACCGCCCAUAAGGCUGCUUAAAGACUGUGAGCUGCUCCUCUUCAAAAGGGCCUCAAAACUCAACAAAACCGCCAGUAUGCGACAUCCACCGGUACAAGGAUGUCUGGUCUCGUUUCCGACACCCGAGAUUCUACUCCUCACACUAAACAGACCAGAGAAGCGAAAUUCCGUUCCGCUUGCCAUGAGCACGGACAUCAUACAGCUUUGGAAAUGGUUUGACGCAGAGCCUACGUUGCGAGUCGCGAUCAUCACUGGUACAGGUGAAUCCUUUUGCUCUGGAGCUGAUCUCAAAGAAUGGAACGAACUCAACCAACGCGGCACCGUAAACAAGAUGACAGCCCCUGGACUGGCUGGACUCCCUCGACGACGAAGCGUGAAGCCAAUUAUCGCCGCUGUGAACGGAUACUGUCUGGGAGGCGGAUUCGAAAUGGUCGUCAACUGCGACAUCGUCAUCGCGAGUGAGAAGGCGAGCUUCGGGCUCCCCGAGGUUCAACGAGGAAUCGCGGCGGUUGCUGGCGCUCUGCCUCGGUUAGUACGGUUGCUAGGAAAGCAGCGAGCAGCCGAGAUAGCCUUGAGUGGCGUGCCUUUCCCUGCAUCCCAGUUGGAACGUUGGGGAUUGGUAAAUCGGGUGGUGGAACACAAUCAACUCCUGGCGAGUGCGGUCCAAACCGCCACAACCAUCUCGGAAAACAGCCCUGACAGUCUGCGCGUUACACUAGAGGGUCUCCAUUAUGGGUGGGAGACGGCUAGUGUGGAAGAAGCCAGUUCCACUCUGGUCGAUUCUUGGUACCCGAAGCUCAUGGCUGGCGAAAACUUCCACGAGGGAGUGAGAGCAUUCGUGGAAAAGCGAAAACCAGUAUGGAGACCAAGUAAUUUGUAA